CUAGAAGUCUCCAGAUCCAGUUGAUCAUCUCCAUGUUACUCAAAAGUGCUUAGGCAAUCGAUCUUCUAUCCUGCACUUGUCUUGCUACUGGGACGACUUGGUAAACCAUCGCAACAGGUGAGAUGUCAGAAAAGCUGAACAGAUGCCGUAAGGAGCUAACUGCAGCUAUUGACAGAGCAGUAGAAGACCUUUUGGUUCCUUUUCCUCCUUCCCCAGAUUCCACCACUGAUCAGAACUUUGACUUGCAGACAGCACAGCCCUCUUCACCCCUAAAUGCAGAUCUCUUUAGUCACAAGGGAGAACUUACUCUUUCAACUGUGUAUUGCCCCCAGUCAUCUUUACCAGUCUCUUCCAUUCCUGAAAAAGAGAAUCCCCUCUUCAGGCCAAACCUCAUUCCAGUGACUACUGCUUCCAACAUUCCAUGUACAAAGCGGGAACCCCUGACAAGCAAGGAAAACACAUGGCUACAUCCUCCCAUCUUCAUGGCUGACCGGCAGUUUUUUAUCAGCCCAGAAGACAGUGAGAGAUGGAGGAAAGGACAUCUAAGCAAACCUGAUGAAAGGCCUGUGAAGUCAGAAGCAAGUAUAAGUGCCACUGAUGUCCCUCCACAGAGCCUGAAAGAUCUUGCCAAUAUUAGUGAUAACCCAGCUAUUUGGCCAUCAGAGAGGGUGCACAGGAAAACUGACUUUGAGAAUGAACUUCAGCAGAUGUCUAGACUCUCAAGUGAACUGUUUCCUCUAGAUGAGGCCUCAGCCCUGGAUCCAAGUGCACAGAUCGGUUUCAGAAAGGUCCUGGAGCAUACCUUAGAGGAUGAAGCAAUUAUUGAAACACUGCUGGAUAUGGAAGAGGAUUACAAACCAAACAGCUCCACCUUGCAGCAGCUGCAGUAGAAAGGCUGGUGUGAGGUGUGAGCUAUUUAAGAUUUGAUAAUUAAUGCUUCUGAACCAUGGAAACUUAGGCAAAUAAUCCUUUCUGUUGCAAGAUGCAGUAUUAAAGUGAUUUACAAUAGU